UCGGUGUGUCGAGCUGCGCGGCACUAACCGGAGGAUGAUCAUCGUUGGUGGUGGCGAUCAUCGCGCAACGGCUUAGCCAUGGCCGCAAGCAGAUCGUGCUGGUGCUGGUGGUGGUGGGAUUUUAUGCUGGGAUUGGUCGCCUUCUUCUUCAUUCCGUUCCCUUCUGUGGAGUGUGCGAUGACACGAAAACAACUGAUCAACUCGAUGGACAUGAUGCGUUCGGCGUGCGCUCCCAAGUUCAAAGUAUCGACCGAGAUGCUGGACAACUUGCGGGGCGGCAUAUUCGCCGAGGAUCGCGAACUCAAAUGCUACACGAUGUGCAUUGCGCAGAUGGCGGGAACGAUGAACAAAAAGGGCGAAAUCAACGUGUCGAAAACGAUCGCCCAGAUGGACGCGAUGCUACCGCCGGACAUGCGGGACAAGGCGAAGGAAGCGAUCCACUCCUGUCGCGAUGUGCAGGGUCGGUACAAGGACUCGUGCGACAAAACGUUCUACUCGACCAAAUGUCUUGCCGAGUACGAUCGCGACGUGUUUCUCUUUCCCUGAUGGUCUUGGCAUGUUUGGCGCGUCGAUCGUCGGCAGCAUGUUCGUGAUCGGUCCGGGAUGAAGCGAUCCGGCACCGGGAUUGCAGGGACGUCAGCAGGCAGCAUCAGCAGGCAGCAGGCAGCAGCAUAACCUUACAGCAUAGGCAGCAUAGAUGGCACAUCGUGGUGGUGGUGGUGUUAGCUGUUAAUGGGAAAGAAUGGGAAAGGAAAUAAACGAACAGAAGCACAA